GCUUUGGGGCGACAACUCCGAUAAAAAUGCAGUGAGAUAUACUGCUCGGGAAACUCUCAAGAUACGGUGCACAGGUCUAGGACUUUACUCCGCCAGGUAGGUCGAAGAGCUCUGCCUCCAAGGUCCCGCGAGAGCUCGAAACCGUCAGGUGACGGUGUGCUUUUAUAUCCGAUUACAAAAACUGAUCUUCCUUCGUUGAUCAAAGGCGUUCCCUUUUGUCCACGGCCAUUACUUAGUACUUACCAAGCAAAUGAAGGCAACUCGGCGAGUCAAAUCAAUCGCGAAGAGGGAAUCCGACGACGAGUCCAGCAAUAGGCCGAUUCGGCGUUGCAAACUCAAAUCGUUGAGCAUUAGGGCUAAAGUCAGCCCCAAGAAUUUACGCGACUCCAUUAUCCCUUCACUUCCUCUUGAAAUGACGAUCUUGCCACUUGGGUUCUUUCAAAUUGACGCUCUCGACCUCGCGCCUCGUUUGCUAGGCAAGUUUUUGCGGAGAGAUGAUGUUGUUCUCAAGAUUACUGAGGUUGAAGCUUACAGACCUAAUGAUUCGGCAUGCCAUGGACGAUUCGGAAUCACAGCAAGAACAGCCCCAGUUUUUGGACCUGGAGGGCAUGCAUAUGUUUAUCUUUGUUAUGGUCUUCAUACGAUGCUUAAUAUUGUCGCAGACAAGGAAGGGGUUGGAGCUGCGGUCUUGAUACGUGCUUGUGCUCCCAUUUGUGGGUUGGAUAUGAUUCAGCAGCGACGCGGACAGAAAACUGAGAAGCCUGUUCUCCUUACUGGGCCUGGGAAGAUUGGCCAGGCACUGGGAAUCUCUACAGGUUGGUCUAAUCAUGCCCUCUAUACCCCUGGUGGUCUAGAAAUCUUAGAUGGACCAGAGCCUGAAAAGAUAUUGAUCGGUCCACGAGUUGGCAUCGAAUAUGCUUUACCUGAGCAUGUUAGUGCAUUGUGGAGAUUUGCCAUUGCUGAUUCCCCUUGGAUAAGUGCUCCUAAGAACACCCUGAGACCACUAUGAUACUCAAUGAUUUUCAGUUGAUACUCGACUCUAGUGUAUGUGUACAUUGCCUUUUCUUAGGGAUGCUGUGAAAAACAGAUGCUUCAGAAAAUGAAUUAAAUGGGACUCCCAAGUUCAUGAACCUAGCUUCUUGUUUUUACCUUACCCGUUUAGUGUGCCAAGAUCACACUAUUGGAUCCAGGUCUUGUCAAUGCCUCUAUACUAACUCGAAGCGCUGUAGUAGCGCCAAAGCCCUAUGUGCUAUAAUGCUGAGCCAAGGACGCUCCGCCUUCUCUAUAGAAGGACUCCACUGAGUUCUGAACGAAUUAGCUCCUUGGUAAUGGCUCAAUCUAUAGAUAGAAAGCCCUAUGAUGGGAAACUACCACGUUAGGUUUGGAGUUGCCUCGGCUUCUUAGGCACAUGAGGAACCGGUCUAACAUCUUUUCAAUCGAAAUCCCAAUCAAAGACAAGUUCUACCAAGGCCAGGAUCUGAAAGAGAAGAAUCACUUUCCGGAAUUCCAAAGUGACAUUUACAGAUUAUGCACAGAUGACUUCUUUCUUUCUUUCUUUUUUAAAGAAUUGUUGUUAGGGUUGUUGAAUGAUUGAUUAUAUAUUAGUACAUUACCUUGAAACCUGGUAGAUGAGAUAUUUUGUUAUCAUUUAUCCGAGGAGAAUGGAAUGCGUUGCUAGUGCCCUGGGCUACUA